GACAAUUUCGAUUUUUGACUGUUGUCCGUUUAGUUUCAAGAACGUUAAAUAAUUUAAUAAUUACCAACAAGAUGAACGACGCCGAUACUUACAAGUCGUAUUUGAAGCGCACUGUUUAUGUAGGUGGAUUAGCUGAAGAAGUAGAUGAUAAAGUAUUGAGAUCUGCAUUCAUUCCUUUUGGUGAUAUAGUCGAUGUCCAGAUGCCAUUAGAUUAUGAAUCGGAAAAACACCGGGGGUUUGCAUUUGUCGAAUUCGAACAACCCGAAGAUGCAUUGGAUUCUAUCGAUAACAUGAAUGAAGCAGAGAUAUUUGGCCGCACUAUCCGUGUCAAUUUAGCUAAGCCACAGAAGAUUAACCGAGGCUCAACCAGACCAGUAUGGUCGGAAGAUGACUGGCUUGUACAGUAUGCUGGUAAGACACUGGAACCAAAGGACGAUAAAAAAAUUGAAGAAGACAAAACCAAAGAUGAGGCAAAGAACCCACAAGUUUAUCUUGAUAUUAAAAUUGGCAAAAAGGAUGCUGGUCGAAUUAUUAUCAUGCUAAGAGCUGAUAUUGUGCCACGUACAGCAGAAAAUUUCCGUUGUUUAUGUACUCACGAAAAGGGUUUUGGAUAUCAAAACACUACGGUUCAUAGAAUUAUUCCAAAUUUUAUGUGUCAGGGUGGUGACAUUACUAAUAACAAUGGUACAGGUGGAUUGUCAAUUUAUGGAAAAAAGUUUGAUGAUGAAAAUUUUGAACUAAAACACACAGGACCGGGAGUCUUAUCUAUGGCUAAUUCUGGGCCUAAUACAAAUAGUUCACAAUUUUUUAUUUGCACCGCUCGUACAGAAUGGUUAGAUAAUAAACAUGUUGUGUUUGGCCAUGUGAUAAGUGGUAUUGAUGUUAUGAAGAAAAUAGAGAAAUGUGGAACAAAAGCUGGCCUGCCAACUGAGAAAGUAAUAAUUGGUUCUUGUGGACAAUUGGCUUAGUAAAAUUUACAUUUUUUUUUUUUUCUAUAAAUUAAUUUCGUAUUUUAUUGAGUGAUGUAAUUUACCUUGCAACAUGUAUUGAUUAGUUUUGUAAAUUAUAUUUUUAUAUAUU